GAUUCUUCUUCUGGAACUGCUUAUUCUGGAGCUUCCAAAAAUGUUGGUGGUGACCUAACGGUAAGUAACAACAUUUUGCUUUGUGUUGUCCAUGAUUAUUGCAAGGUAGGAAUUAGCAUUCUUGACGUUUUUCAUGUGUAUAAUAAUAAGACUAGAUAAGAAAAUGGUAUAAGUAAAAGUAAGAGCCAUGAAAAAAAUUACCAUUAUCAUGAGUGCGUUCAGGAAAUUGUUGCCAGCCAUCGCCAACAAGAUUAUUCAGCGGGUGCAGUAUAACAAGUAGAGACACCGGUUUUUUAGUCUAUUUACGAAAUAGUUUGUGGGCCGUCUAAUACACUCAGUUACUUCAAGUUUGUCUAAUAAAAAUUUUCCUUAACUUACAUAUAUUAGUGCUGGAGUCUAAUCCAGUUCUAGUUACAUAGUUAAAAGGAAGUUAGAGCACUAAAUAGAUUGAUUCAAUAAACAGUAGUUUCAAAUUUAGAUAGCAAAAUGGGGUGCUUAAUUUGAUGGAAUAGGAUCUUCACUAGGCCUAAGUUCUGUUUGAAACAUACCAAAAUUACAUGCGGCGGAAACAUUUUUGUUUAUAUAAUUAAAUUUAAUUAAAAAAGGGGGAAGGGUUUGAAAAGUUCUUUGGUGUUCCUUGGAGAGAGGAAUUUAUUUGAGUGAUGUCCUAUUUAAUUGAUGGACUGAAUAAAAAAUUUACAGUUACAAUAAGUAAAUAAUUGCAAAUAAAUUAUCAGAAAAAUAAUCUCUAUAUGCCAUUCUAGGAUUCCUCUUUAGGAACUGUUCAUUCUGGAGCUUCCACAAAUGUUAGGAGUGAUUUAGCAGUAAGUUAUAACGGUUUCCUUUGUGUCGAUCGUCGACUAUUGUUGCAAAGUAGGAAUUAGCAUUGUUGACAUUAUAUUACGCGAAUACUAAAACUUGAUAAGUCUGUUAUUGCUUAUAUGAACGCAUUGUUAAGCCCCUGUGACAUAGUAAAACUGGAUUCAAAGCACUUUUCGUAGUUAUAAAAAUGUUUCCAGAAGAGUGUCUUCUUUGCAAAGUUUACGACGAAUAAGAAUUAUUAUUUACUGUAGAUCACAAACGACAUAUGCUUAAAAUCCGGUGUAAGUUAGUCACCAUAAUUGCAACAUUUAAUUGAUCUCCAUAAGCCACGCAGAAGGGCUAAAGCGCAAACCCGUGGCAAAGACAGCCUACUAAUUUCGCUUGGCUAUUUAUAUCUGUGCAAUAAAAACCCACAAAGCAAAGUGCUAAGUGUGGCACUGCCACAAUCCAUACAUUAACAAUCCAUAAGAUAUUUUCAAAAGCGUUAUAAUUAACUAUAGCGUUUUCCUAAUUGUCUAUCGUUCGAGUAAAAAUAUUGUAUUUAUAAAUGAUUAUCUCUCUCUAUAUAUAUAACAAAUUUCGAAUUUUUCCUUUAGACGAAUAUACGUUAUACCAACAUGAAGCAGAAUUUUGCCUGGACGAUGUUAAUUCCAUUAAUUGUUCUGUUGGGUCAAGUUUUCACAAACACACAAAACAAUGGUAUGCCAAUUGAACACUUUUAAUAUUCUAAGUAAAAUAUCUUUAUGGCUAUCUUUUAAGAAUGCAGCGGUUGUAGGAUCAUUAUAGAAAUAAGCACUAAUGGUGAAUGGUUGUAUAUCUUAUACUAUACGGGCGCGAAUGCUUUAUACUGUAUCUUGCAAGUUUUAAUGUGCUUCAUUCUUUACAAAAUUGUGUAAUUCGCAACGCCAGAGACUUAUAUAGUUGAGUCAAAGUUGUUUGGUAUAGGGUACAGUGGACCGUUCGCCUAACCUGGGAUAACUUUAAAACACAGAAUAUAUAGUCGUCUCAGACAUUUGGACUGACAAGUAUCAGAUCGUGAAAUUUAAAUAGAGAAUGUAGUUUUUAGAAUUUGACGAUCGUUGAAAACGCCACUCGUGCAUGUUUUAACCAAAUUACGUUUCAAACUAUCGUAUUGUUUAUAAAACGAGAGUAAUAAUUAUCCAUGAAAACUUUAGAGUCACAUCUAAACAAAGGAGGACAAAAUAGGUAAAACAUAUAUUACCUGAAUUCUUAUAUUUAUUUCCUGUAGAUUUAUAUGGCAAGAUUUGCCAUGAAUGUUUGACGAAAAACGUCGAGUGGUACGCUCUUGCUGGUGCUAUGAAUAUAUCCAGAGGAUACAGAGACAAUGAUGAUCUUUCUCGAGCUGAGAAAAUCCUAUCGAUUUUCAACCACAGAGAAGGUUUCUCGCGCAAAAAUCUGGCUCACUGCUUGGAAGAAAUUCAGCAGUUAGAGUUAGUUCGACCAGUUACAACUGGGGGUUCGAGGAGUUUGUCUUAUCCCGCAGCAGCUGAAGAAUGGGACUACAUCUCAAUGUCGAUACCAAUGGAACGUCGCAGUAAAGGUGAGAUAUUUUUCUAUAUAGAACAUUCUGAUUGUUUAUUUUUAUUUGUUAUUUACAUUGAUUGACAUUACAACCUUUAGAGAGGUAUUGUAUUAAACAGUGCACUAUCCAAAGAUUUCGAAUAAUUUACCCUGUUGAUUAGUUGUAAUAAGGCAGUUCAUUGUUUUAACUGCGCUUUCAAGAGGCCUGUUCUGAGUGGAGAUACAAUUUGAAUUUUGUCAUUUCCAGAAGAUUUAAAAUAUGCGCAUAAAGUUUUCAUUGCGUGGUCUUUAUAUCUUUUUUACUAACUAGGAAGGUCCAUGUUUCUCGUUAAUAGGGAAAAAAUUUAGAUUUGUUCAUCUUGUUUGUUUUGGUUCUUCUGGACUAAAUAUUUACAAAUUAAAACGUUCUUGUAUGACGUUUCGUUUUCGUCUGCCAAAACUAUUAGGCUAUUGUUAGUUAACUGCUUAUAUUAGAUUUUGCUUCUAAAAAAAAUGUGAAUUGAAAAUGGAAAAUUUAGGUAUUUGUAAUUUUAUUUAAAUAUUUUAUCGUUGAAUUUGCCUUGAAUAAAUGCCUUCAGUUGGUGGUGGCAAACAUAAGCGUGCGAGGCUGAUGCUUUCCAGGAGGGCGGUGGAAAGUUUGCCCGAAUUCUUAUGGAGGAUUGUAAUACAAUUACCUGAAUUUAAUCUAUUUUCUAAUAAAAAUUUAACCUAUUUUCUAAUAAAUCUGCAGUUGACCCCCCCCCCCCUCCCUCUGCCCCCUCUCUCGUACGCCUACGGUAGCAAAGUCAGCGGUUGAGGGCUAGCGCAGUUGUGUAUUUAUUGACAUCUUUUUGAAAAGUCGCAGUAGAUUACAUUAAAUUAAGGCUUUUGUAUAGAUGGAAAUUUCGGAUGUAAAUUAAUUUUUAUACAUUUUUAGACCUAACCAAAAGCAGCUGCAAAAUUCCCACUUGCAAAAACUCAUCAAGAUUUAGUUCUAUCGAGUGAGGCACCCAAACUCCCCAUAAAUCCCUGUAGCAUUUUAAGCCGGACAGAAAGUUGCCUUUUUUCCAACUGUUACAGUUUUGGUCUUAAAUAUGUAAAUAAUUAUUCGCUCGAAAUCUUAAUUCACAAAAAUCUCUCGUGCAUACAGGGUUGUUAAUUGUGCAGUUUCUUUCAUUCCAGUUGCCUCAAUCUGUCCAGUCGUGGGAAAGAAAAUCAUUACCGUUAAAAGAAAUGCGAUACUGACUGCCGACAUUUUGCUUAACAUCAGUUCUAGUUGUCUGGCUAAGGACACAGAAAAUACAUUGAAAAACGAUGAUCAGAACUUUGCCUUCAAGUCAAGCUCAUUGCUGAACUUAAGAACAGUCAAAGCUACUUCGCCCAUUGUGGAAUUCUCCACAGACGUCUUGAAUUUCUCAAAACCAGCAAUUCCUACGAUUAGAUUUGAAAAAACCGUUUCGGAUUCCGAACUUUUCAUCCUUGAUGGUUCUUACACGUGGAGCUACCAGAGGACCGUAAAGGAAGUGUCGACGAAUUUUACCGGAAGCAAAAAUUCUCGGCGGGUUGUUAGCCCUAAAAUUAAUAGUUUCUAUCUUCAUAGCCAAAUUUUGUCGUGGCACGGAAAAUUACCCCGACUCUUGAGUCAUUUCGAUCGCUCCUUCACUGUUCGUGCGGAUACCUUCAAUCGCAGAUUACCUUCAAAGGGUACUGAAAAUCUUUCGUGUGAGUUUGUGCACGAGAAGAAAGAAGAAAUUAUUAAACAAUUAAAAGUUCAUUUUGAACCAUGUUACGUUGGUGGAAAAAAAGGAAUGUUGACGCGUGUACAUACAGACCGUUGUCCUAAAGUGGCAAGUGGAAUAAGGAAGAUACGGGAAGUACAUCGAAAUGCUGAAAAUAAAUUUUUGUGGAGGUUGGAUGUUCUUCUGAUGGAAGAGGAGAUUAAUGUGGAAGAAGCUUGUG